AUGGGAGCAUGGGAGCUAACGAAAUGGGAGCACAGAUCAGACUUUAAUAUUUUGCUAAUAAUCUCAGAGUGUUUUCUACAAAAACGUAUAAAAGUUUCGUGCAAAUUAUACAAAAAAAUUGCAGGAUUAAAUUAUAAAAGAAAUCUUGCUUUCAAAAAAUUGGUAUUAUCAACUGAUUUAUUUACCGUUGACUACGGAGAUUUCAGUAAGGAACAAUUGGUUGACGGGCGGAUAUUGGGCGAGGGUAUGAUUCAUUUGUCUAGCAGUAAUCCCGGAAAUGAAGAAGAAUGGAUUAUUGUUGACUUGGAGGAUGUGUACGAAGUUGGAUACGUUGAAUUGUACAAUAGGUGGAAUUAUAAAUUCUCUCAAGCCUUUUUAGACCACGGGCUCUGCAUGUACGCAAUGGACCGUGUAAAAGACCUGAAAGUAGGUCUCAACGAAACACUGGAGCUUGCAACAAAAUUCAAAAUAGGCAGCUACGAAUUAUGCGGCAUACUUACUGAGGUACGUAGAGCGGGUCUUCCGAUGAGAGUUACCUGCCAAGGAAAAAAAACUGGUCGUUAUGUCAUCAUACAACCAAGAACAAUAAAUUUGGGUCUUGGAAUAAAAGAACUUGAAGUCUACGAAGAAGAUGGCAUUCGUCAAUUAGUUGACUUCAUUGGAUGUUUUGAGUUUUACAAUGCGACGCUUACUUCCUCUCAAUCGAGCCUCAUUUCUUGUCAAGAUGCUUGUGAAAAAUUUGACGAUAAGAAAUUAGUUUUUGCAUUAAAGCGCUCAUCAGUGAAUUUUGCAAACAGAUGGAUCUUGAGAUCUGCUCUGAACUUCACAAGUGAUGAAGCAGUUAGAGAAAGAAGUAGAGAGUUUUAUAGAAAAGAGCUAGAAAAAGCAAAUGCAAAUUUAGCAAAAUUAUUUCAAUGGAAAAAUUAA